CGAAAGCCUGCGCUUUUUUCGGGACUUUAUGAUUUAUUUGUGUUGUGUUUUGAGGUUGAUACUUUUUUGAAAACAAAAUCAUGAUAUCCAGGAAGAUCCUUCCCUAACAUAAAAAUGCCCCACUCCGGAGUUUCGCCCCCAGAAACGCUCGGUAUGGCUCUAGAUGAAAAACAAAAGUUGCUUAGUACAGGGCGAUCUCAACUUUCAGUAACAAUAGUUGAGGUUGGCACCACUCCAAGCCCUCUAUCUGAUAAAAGCAGCCAACAAUUAAUAAACACCCCACUGGACUCGGGUCCCGCAUCUUGUUGCCAAGGUCUUAACGCAGCUUCCUUACUACUGGAGUCCCCCCCAAAGUGGGGGGCGGCGGCUCGGUACGCCUCCAAGCAACAUCGGAAAAACGCCGGAAAGGCCACUUUUCAAGGUCAAGUGUACAAUUUUUUGGAAAGGCCCGAUAAUUGGAAGUGUUUUCUCUACCAUAUCAUAGUGUUUAUGUUAGUUUUAGUGUGCCUAAUCUUCAGCGUACUGUCAACGAUCGACACAUAUUCGAAUUUCGCGAACGAGACGCUUUUUUGGAUGGAAAUUUGCCUGGUAGUUUUUUUCGGGGUAGAAUAUUUGGUGCGACUGUGGUCUGCUGGUUGUCGUUCAAAGUACAUGGGAUUCUGGGGUCGACUCCGCUUCAUCAGAAAACCAAUUUGUAUUAUUGAUUUAAUUGUGGUAGUGGCUUCGAUAGUGGUGCUAACACUGGGCUCGAAUGGCCAAGUUUUCGCCACAUCGGCAAUCAGAGGCAUCAGGUUCCUGCAAAUACUGCGAAUGCUGCACGUGGAUCGACAAGGAGGCACGUGGAGAUUAUUGGGAUCCGUAGUUUUCAUACACAGACAGGAGCUCAUCACAACUCUGUACAUCGGAUUUUUGGGCCUCAUUUUCAGCAGUUACUUCGUAUACUUGGCGGAAAAGGACGCAGUAGGCGCCGACGGUAAAAACACCGGAGAUUUCGCGAGUUACGCUGACGCCCUCUGGUGGGGAGUGAUCACAGUAACCACGAUAGGAUAUGGAGACACUGUCCCUAGGACCUGGAUGGGAAAAAUAGUUGCAUCCUGUUUUAGCGUGUUUGCCAUCUCUUUCUUUGCUCUUCCAGCCGGUAUAUUAGGUUCUGGCUUCGCUUUAAAAGUACAACAAAAACAACGUCAAAAACACUUCAACCGCCAAAUACCAGCUGCAGCCAUGCUCAUCCAGUGCCUGUGGAGGUGUUAUGCAGCUGACAAAAGCUUCAACUCACAAGCUACGUGGCAUCUGUAUGUAAAGGAUUCCAGUUUAACAUCUCAAUUACCGAACUCAUCAACCAGUGGCGGCACAAACUGCAACAUGCCGCUAUCAAAGUCCCUGAUAUUGCAGGUGGCCAAGAAGGCGUCGGUGCUGAAAAGAAGAAAAUCGCGAAACCGCAUGGAACCGCCGAAUGCAGGGCCUGCCACUCCAGAUACCCCGUUAACGCCGGCAAACGCCACAGGUGGCACUGCGGUCGUUCCGACGGCCAAUGCCUCGUCCAACAUCGCGUCCAAUCAGGACAACGAGAUGGUUUUUUAUAUGGAGGAACCCAAAGCAGGUACCCCGAACAGGAUAAGACGAGGGGAGCGGGAAAGCGUUCGUGGAGCCAUUUUCACCAGCCAAACCAGCACAGUCACAGAAGCGCCCAGCGACGAAAUCGACGAUGACGGGGAGUUGCCAAGAGUGACACUGUUAACCGAAGCCCAUAAAAACGCCAUAAGAGCCAUCAGAAAAAUCAAGUAUUUCGUGGCGAGAAGGAAAUUUCAGCAGGCUCGCAAGCCGUACGACGUCAGAGAUGUCAUCGAACAGUAUAGUCAAGGACAUCUGAACAUGAUGGUUAGAAUUAAGGAGUUACAAAGAAGGUUGGACCAAACUUUAGGCAAACCGGGUAGUUAUCUAGCCGGCAUAGACAGGGUUGGAAAUGUCAAACCUAUGACGGUUGGCGCAAGAUUAUACAGGGUGGAACAACAGUUGGGAUCGAUGGAUAAAAAACUGGAUGCCUUGACGCACGUCCUUAACGUUCUACUGCAGAAGCACCAAAUUUUAAGGCCACUAGAAGACGAUGUCUAAUUCCAUAAAUAUGAAAAAAUAUUUUCUAUUUACUUCAGCAUUAAUAUUCUACUUCAGCGUAUUAUGUACAUUUGCAAGAUUUUAUAAAGGUACAGUAUAAGACGAAAGACCUAUAUGGUACUAUUGUCCAUGACUGUACCAUUUGGUUUAUUUGCACAAAAACUAUUUAAAAGUUGCUUUGUAAAUAAUAAUAUAUCUUAUUAGUAUUUACCGCGUAUUUACUACGGGUAUAUUUGAAACAAGAAAGGUUGAAAUAAUAUAUAAAUAACAUAUAUAAACUAUAGUUAAGAGCAAUAAUUGUCGUUUUUAACAUAUCUAUAAAUAUAUCAUAUACACGUUUUAUUAUUCCGUAUUAUAUUA